AUGGCUGGAGACACUGCAUCAGGGACUAAGAUAGAAUAUGUCAUUUUCGACAUGGAUGGUUUACUUAUCGAUUCAGAACGAAUAUAUACGGAUGUAACCAAUAACAUCCUUGCAAGAUUCGGGAAGACAAUGACAUGGGACAUCAAAGCUGGUCUAAUGGGAAAACCGGAACGACAAGCAGCAGAACACCUCCUCUCAUUCUUCCCCAACAUCCCACUCACAAUCGACGACUACCUCCGCGAACGUGAUGCCCAACAAGAUUUACUCUGGCCACACGUCCAACCUCUCCCCGGAGCCCUUCGUCUCGUCCAACACCUCCACAAACAUAACAUACCAAUCGCCCUCGCAUCCGGCUCGAGACGCGCGAAAUUCGAGUUGAAGACUGGUCAUUUAGGGAAUCUAUUUGGUUUGUUUGGAGAACGUGUGAUUUGUGGAGAUGAUGUUAGGAUACCGAAAGGAAGAGGGAAACCGUGUCCGGAUAUUUUCCUCCUUGCUGCACAGGAGUUCUUAGGUCUUCCUGUUGGGGAUGCAGAAAUUGAAGAAGCGACGGAGGAUGAGAAGAGUGUUAGGUCUCGUAUGCUUGUGUUUGAGGAUGCGAUUCCCGGUGUACAAGCUGCGAAACGCGCGGGGAUGAACGCUGUCUGGGUAGCCGACUCGAGCUUGCUUGAAGUCGAGUAUUCGGGGAUUUACAAGGCUGACGAAAUCCUCCAUUCGCUAGAGGAAUUUGAUCCUGCGAAGUGGGGAUUACCUCCGUACGCAUAG